CAUUCAGCUCAUCAGUGCGUCAGCAGUUUAUGUUGAACUGCUAACGCCACCUAACGGUUCAACAUAAACCGCUGAGCAGACGUAAAUUAUUUGCUGAUGAGCUGAAUGCGAAACGUAAAAAUCAAAUUUAGUCAUGUGCACUUUAACACAAAAUGGUACACAUGAAAAACCAAACCCCUGAAUGACUAUUUGAUUUGAUUGAUACGUUUUUUCCCCUACUUUCCUUACUGGUUAUUUCGGAUGAGUAAUCACUACCGAAACAGACUAUUUGAAGGUUUAAUACAGAAAUAGGACCAGCCUCUGAUUAUUGAUCGAUUUUCGAUCAAUACACACGAAACACCAUUUAUACAAUUUGGUUUGAGUUUCGAACGUUGUAAAGUAAAGGGGGAUACAUGUUUCAAGCAUUGUUAAAAUCAAGUGACGAAUUCGAAAUUUAAAACCAAUCCACAGAUAUUAUAUUAGGCUAAAAUUUCUAAAUAAAACAAAACUGUAGAAUUGUUCGAUGCAUUAAAAAGUUCGUCUUUAUGCACCUAGUGGUGUGAUAAUGCCUCUCUCUUACCAUUCAAAGUCUCAUUAAAAAUAAUUUUUUCGUUAGGAUAAUUUUUGACACGAAUUUGGGCUGAUUUUAAACACAAAUUCAUUCAGAUUGAAUGGGGUAGUUCACAAAAACGUGCUUCAGCACUUACGUCGCAUAUUCGGUAACAUUCCAGAAACCGAAUAUACCAGCAAUUUUAAUUUGAUCAUUGACCAAACCUGAAAAACAUUAACUGUUACGUCACUUACACGAUUAUAUCACCACAACCGGAAGUUUUAGUAGCUUUCAAAUGAACCUAGGACUUCUGAAAUCGGUUCUUGUAUGCAAAAAAUGAGUAGUUUGUUGAUAAAGUCCAUUUUGCGAUCAUAUCUCCGGAAUCAGGAAUCAGACCAAAUUAGCUCAAAUGGCACGUUCCCCUUGAUAUUUGGAGAUUUGUGCCUUGCCAUUAAUUUGUUUUUAGCAUCAUUUUCCCGAUAUAUAAUAGAGAAGGAUUGAAGGGAAAUGGUAAGGUUGAACUAGGAGGAUGGGGAAAUUCGACAACACAAAAACACAAAAAAGCAGAAGUAAAUUCUGCACUUCUAAGGGAUGCUGAACAAUCUGCUGGGGAUCACAUUUAGUGGAAGCAGAAGUAAAUUCCUAUUUAGGUUUGUUACUAUGUGCGUUUUUUCUUAUGAACGAUGCACAGUUAAUAAAACCUCCAACCCCCGAGAGGAUUUAGAGAUUUUACAAAAGCGACACCAUUCUGCACUCGCGGAAGAAUGCAGAACGAUUCGCAGUAUGUACGAGCAGAAGUAAAUCCGGUACCCCAUAAAGGAUGUCAAACAAUCUGCCAAACCCUAUUUAAGGUAAAUACAGAAAGGAUUCAUUUACUCCAGGAAGAACGAUGAACCCUUCUGACUAUAGCUCCUUCCCACAUUGGGUGAGAAACGAGAGAAUAUCCUUUAUUUGUAGCUCCGCAUACACUGACUCAACCAUGUAUGGAGAACCAAAAACCCGGAUACGUAGUUGCGUCAAUGCGGGACAGUUACAUAUCAGAUGAUACACAUUCACACAAAUCACACGAAUAAUACUCAGCACAUGUGCUAAUUGAGUUUGCAAUGUCCAGUCAAAGCUCUGACCAGAAUACUGCAAUGAUGCUUGGAAUAAUGCAGUAGACACUUUGACAUUUUCAGAUUUAAAUAUGGUAAAAAUUCUUUUGUCUGAGUGCAAGUUUUCAAGCUAGCAUGUUUGGAUGCAGCCCAAGAACGAAUCUCGUGCUUUAUCCAACUAGUUGAAAGUGGUAAAGGUGGUUCAGGACCAACGAAAUCAUUCGUUGCACCAGCUCUAGCCAACUCAUCAGCCCAUUCAUUUCCAGUAAUACCAGAAUGGUCGGGUACCCAUAAGAAGUAAACAGCAUUUGAGAUGCUAAGGUCUUCAAUUUGAGUUCGACAUGCGAUCACUAGAUUCGACCGUGAAUUAUUCGAACUGAGUGAUUUUAAGGCUGCCCGACUUUCGGAACAAAAAUAUAUUCGUUUACCACAGAUUCUCUGCUGAAGUGCCGAUUGUAUUCCACAUAAAAUAGCGUAGAUUUCUGCUUGGAACACAGAGACUGCUCUAGCCUCAUUUCACGACAGUAGACACCAGCACCAGCACGACCAUUCAACAGAGAAUCGUACGUAUAACAAACUAUGUGUUUAUCAAAUUGUCGUUCCAAACAACCAGACAACCAUUCCUCACGAAGAGGAUAGCUCACAUUGAAUGUUUUGAAAGGAAAACUGCAUGUGAAAGUUAGGUCACUAGUAGCGAGUAAAUACUCAUCCCACGUAACCAUUUGAGACCACAAGCGAGUGUGACUAGUAGCAUAAUCUAAAGGGUUACUGUUCCAAUGCCCUGUAACCUUAAGACGGUAUGCACAAGAUAAUUCUUCUUGUUUUAGGAACACAUGUAGUGGUUUAAUGCACAGUAGCGCCUCCAGAGCAGCAGUAGAAGUUGUCGUGAAUGCUCCUGCCAUCGCCAUUAGGAUCAUCCUUUGGAGAUGAUUUAGCUUUCACUGAACUGUCGCGACUUCUCCUUUCUGCCACCAUACAAGACAUCCAUAUGCUAAAAUAGUUGUGUAGAUCCAAUGAAUGUAUCUGGGUUUGAGUCUCCAUGAUUUUCCAAAAGCUCGCCUGCAUUGGCCGAAAACCAUGCAAGCUCUUUUAAUCCUGAAGUCAAUGUGAGCAGACCAAUUCAGUUUUAAAUCAAGAAUAACCCCGACGUAUUUAACUUGAUCAACCACAGUGACCUCUGAACCGAAGAACUGUAACGGACGAGAUUCCCCUACGAUUAGUGAAAAGCACCAUUGAUGUUUCGCUCGGAUUAACAGAUAAUCUAACCUGACAACACCAUUGUUGAACAGAUCGCAGGGCUUGCUGCAUUAAAUCAAAGAGAGUGAUAAUGCUUAUUCCGGUCAUCAAUAUAUGAUAAUCGUCGGCAAAACCAUAAGUCGGAAAUUCAAGGUUAUGAAGUUUUCUUAACAAACCAUCAACGACUAGGUUCCAUAAAAGUGGGGAUAGUACACCACCUUGAGGACACCCACAGACACUCAGCUUUCAAAUCUCUGCUUGCCGAAGCGAUGAGCAAAGAAGUCGAUUGCUAAGCAUUGCGUGUAUCCAAUUUGUGAUACUUGAAGGUAUGCCAUGACCACGGGCUGCUUCCAGAAUUGAAUUGAAAGACACGUUGUCAAAGGCACCUUAAACAUCUAGGAAAACUCCCAAGCAAGAUUGCUUUUGUGAGAAAUAUUUUUCAAUGUUGUACACAACAUCAUGUAACAGAGUUGUAGUGGACUUCCCACGCUGGUAAGCAUGUUGCAUUCCAUGUAGCGGUUGCACGCCCAGACUAACAUUCCUGAUAUAGUGAUCGACUAUGCGUUCCACUGUUUUAAGAAGAAAUGAGCUUAGACUGAUAGGCCUGAAACUCUUCGCUUCCUCAUAAGUGUCGCGACCGCCUUUGGGAAUAAAUUUGACAAUUAUUUCCUGCCAGGCUCUUGGAAUAUAUCCUGUCGCCAGACUAAAAGUAAGUAUUUUCUUGAAAACAUGUUUGAAAUGUUCAUACCCUUUGUGCAGUAACACUGGGAAAACUCCAUCCUUUCCAGGAGACUUGUACGGAGCAAAACUCUCAACUGCCCAUUUGACCGAUUUAAUCGUCACAACGUUUCGAGCAAGGGCCCAAGAAUCGCAACUACCUGAAAAAGAAACAUUGGCGAUCUGUUUGUAUGUAACCUAGGAGUAUUAUUAUUAUUUGUAUUUGGCUUAGUGUCGAAGUAUGUAGUGUUCGAAACAAAAACAGUGACACAACACCUACAAAACGUCAAGUGCUUCGAGCGGUUAUGACCGUUUUUGACCCCUUAGGGUUAAUAUCUUGUUACACCGUGCAUGGCAAAAUAUUAAUACAAGAUAUUUGGAGAGCGGGAACUGCCUGGGACGAAGAAAUCAGCGAUAACUUGAAAAGUAAAUGGCAAAGAUGGGUAAAAGUUAUGCAGUCUCUUGAUCAAAUAUUCAUUCCACGAUGCUUUCUACCAAAAGCUGAUAUAACAUCCUUGGAGUACUGUGAACUUCAUACGUUCGUCGACGCCAGUGAAGCAGCCUAUGCUUGUGUGAUGUACUUGCGAUGUGUCUUCAAAGGUCAUCCAAACUGCAGUCUAGUAGCAUCGAAGACAAAGGUUGCUCCACUGAAACCUUUAAGCAUUCCCAAACUUGAAUUACAGGCAGCACUGAUUGGUGUACGCCUGACAAGCAGUGUACGAGAUGCUCUCACGUUGCCCAUUAAACGGAAGUUCUUCUGGACAGACUCGACGACUGUGCUAUCCUGGUUGCACUCUGAUAGCCGACGUUAUCAUCAGUUCGUGGGAUUCAGAGUAGGUGAGAUCCUUUCCUUGUCGGAAGUAACGGAGUGGCGCUAUGUCCCAUCUAAUUUAAAUCCCGCUGAUUGUGCCACUAGGUGGAAAAGCGGAGCCGAUAUAAGUCCGAUGAGCAGUUGGUUCGUGGGACCGACGUUUUUAUAUAACUGCGAACACAGUUGGCCAAAAUGCCCGAUCUUGGCGGAAGAGAAAAUUGAGCUGAGAAAGAUUUUUCUGCACGAAGAAAUUGUACCGAUUAUCGAUCUCUCUCGGUUCUCGUCGUGGGAGCGAUUGUUGCGAACGGUUUGUUUCGUAUAUCGCUUCACGGGAAUUCUACGGCGAGGUAAACGUCAUCGAACCAAUCCAACUGGACUAAUUACACAAGAGGAGUUUCAGAAGGCCGAAAUAUUUUUAUGGCGUUUGGCGCAGACGGAUUCAUUUCCCGACGAGUAUCGAAUUUUGCAGAAACUCGAGAAACCAGGAGUCUACCGUGGGAAGCUUUCGAGGUGCAGCCCUCUAUACAAGCUCACGGUAUUUUUGGAUGGCGAUGGAGUGAUAAGGUUGGGAGGUCGUAUAGGGGCUGCACCUCACAUCCCCUACGAAGCUAAGUACCCUAUCAUCCUACCCAAAACCCAUACAGUGACCAGUCUUAUCAUUUCUAGAUAUCAUAAACAGUUUCUUCAUGCAAACCACGAGACAAUUGUGAAUGAAAUAAGGCAACGUUUUUGGAUCCCUAGCCUUCGAUCGAUCGUUCGACGUGUAACAAAAGAUUGUCAAUACUGUAGAGUCUAUAAAGCGGUACCCCAGCAACCUCAAAUGGGACCGUUGCCGAAAGUAAGACUAACACCGUUUAUAAGGCCGUUUACUUUCACGGGUGUCGACUACUUCGGACCAGUUCAAGUUAAAGUAGGACGCAGUUUGGCCAAACGAUGGAUUGCACUUUUCACAUGCCUUACGGUGCAGGCUGUGCAUCUGGAAGUUGUUCACUCCCUCUCGACUUCGUCGUGCAUUAAAGCAAUUCGCAGGUUCGUGAUCCGACGAGGAGCACCACAGGAGAUAUACUCUGACAACGGAACAAAUUUUAUAGGUGCCAGUCGCCUACUAAUGGAUCAAAUGCGUGUUAUAAAUGCAGGAUGCGCACAAUCCUUCACAAGUGCUCGGACCAAAUGGUUCUUCAAUCCGCCGGCUACGCCGCACAUGGGUGGAGCGUGGGAACGCAUGGUGCGCUCGGUUAAAACGGCCAUGGCAGCAAUUGCGAACAGUCAACGCCAUCCGGACGAUGAGACACUCGAAACAAUCAUUCUAGAGGCAGAAGGAGUGGUUAACUCUAGGCCACUCACAUAUGUUCCUCUAGAAUCAGCAGAAGCCGAAUCUCUUACCCCAAGUCAUUUUUUGUUGUAUGGUAGUUCAGGAAUAACUCAACCACCAACGGAUUUCUCGCAAAGUGGUCCUGUCCUUCGUGAUAGCUGGAAGUUAGCCCAACACUUAGUUGAUGAAUUCUGGCGCAGAUGGAUCAAAGAAUAUGUUCCGAUGCUCACGCGGCGCACGAAGUGGUUCGAUCCGGUGCGACCCAUCCAAGAAGGAGAUCUAGUCCUCGUUAUAGACGAUUCGAAAAGAAACCUUUGGGAACGGGGCAUAGUUCGCGACGUGAUUACUGGCAAGGAUGGACAGGUGCGAUCUGCAGUGGUGCAAACGACCAGCGGUAUAAAAAGACGUUCAGCAGUUAGACUUGCCCUUCUUGAAGUCGCCAAGAAGUGUAAUGAACCUGAAGAUGGCGUGGCAAGUUUCCAGUUACACGGGGAGGGGGAUGUUGCGGAGGUCCCUCGUUCGUCAUCGAUUCGGUGUAACUAGCAACCAGGCUCGCGGAUAGCCAACCUUCUGGAUCAAGAGAUGUGACACACAAAGGAAACGUGCACGAGAAUAACCUCGAUCGAUCAGCGUGAAUAUUGCAUUUGAGCGAAAUUUAGUUAAUCUGAACACUGAAAUUCUUUGAAGCUUACCGUGAAGGUCUACUGUGAAGAACGUGUUUAAUUUACGACAAAAGAGAAAUUACGUUACAAUUUCUUCAAAGAAAAAAACAUAUCUAGAUCAUGUUUUUUUUCGUACGGAAUCUUCAAGAAAAGGGUAUUGUAUAGUUGCAGUAUUGUCCAACAGAAAAACUGUUGACAGAAGGGUGUUAACAAAACCUUUUCAGAGAAUUCUACUUGAAAAGCUGUCCGAGUAGUAUUGUUAGAAUAAGUUGAAACGACGCGUUCAAUCCGACGCAUAUAAAAUUAGAAGACUGUAAUAAAACUAAAUAAAAUUUUCACUUGCACUUUAACCAUCAACCAAAGUAGUUUGAUCUUCGUCCAUUCCAAGACAAACAUAUGACAUCACUAACCCAACUUCGAACCCAACUGUUGUUAAAUCCAUUUAUGGGUUGGGUUUUGUUUCGAGCGAAAAAGUCAUUAGAAUUCUUACGACUAAAUGUCAUAUAGUCAAUGGUACAGAUCACGUCCUGACGUCCGAAUAAUAUUAAUCUUGAUAGAGAAGAUGUUGUUCCGUUGACGUCUCAAAUGAAUACGCAGUCCCUGUUUGGCGGGGCUGUGUACGAACACACAAACUUAGGCUUCAGCGCAUUCAAAGUAAGAUCUUAAAGAUGUUUCUAAAUCUACCCCCUUGAACAUGGACUAGUGAAGUACAUGAGAUGGCCUCCCUGGAUAUACUAGAACAAAAAUUCGAACAAUUCUGCACGAAAUUUGAAGAGAGGUGCUCAAUCUCUGAAAUACAAAUAAUUCAAAAUUUGUACGUAUUAGGUUAGGGAUAGUUAUAAGUAGGUAGAUAUUUUAAUAAUUAAUUAAUUAAUUUGAUAAGAUCACAAAAAAAGCUCAUUUUUUCAGCGCUAUUUUUGAUAAGACUCGUAAAAUCCUCCGAAUUUUCCAGUCAUUUUCACCCUGUAGAUAAAUAAAAGUAUUUCAAAGGUCUGUAUGUUUUUGGUUUUGUCAAAUUUUUCGAAAUUUCCAUCGAAAAUUUCCUAAAACCACCCGCGCGCAUGGUACUUGGACGAUGGCCUUAAAAUAAAUAUUAUGAGUAAACAUUAGUAUGUAAAACAAGAGUAACUAAAACACCUAUUAUUAAUAACGAAUCGUAUGAAC